AUGCUCGUGAACCUUCAACGUCACUUCUCGCCUCACGGCGCCUCCGAGCGGACUCACGACGCCGUCAACGAGAUGCUCGUUAUCUCCAAAGGUCACGUCGCGGCGCCGCCUGGAUGGACUCGCAUCGCGCCACGUGCAAGCUCUGCCCAUUUCGAUUCGAAUUAUAGGUCACUUUUUGACCUGUACACGAAGAAGUUGAGCUACACGAAUCAGAAGGAAAAGCUCAACCGCAAGCUCAACACGUUCCUCAUCUUUGAAAAACGCAAAGCGAAGGUCCUUGACCGGCUUCGUCGAUCGAUCAACACCCUCGGGAUUCGGGACAAGAAGUCCAGGACGUUCAUCACACCAAAGGGGCCAAAGAUUCAGCCUGAGCUCAGACGCCGGAGUCCAUCCGGUGAAUACACCGGAUGCGACACGGACACCGAAGGAAGUGGGUUCGUCUCGGCGGCCUGCCUUAUUACUAAUGCGAUUAACAACACCCUCUGUGAGGACCACGAGUCCAACAGACAAUCCCUCUGUAAGGACCACAAGUCCGACAGAAACUCCGGCAUCUCCAUCAACGACUGUGAGGACUUGGAUUCCCACAGCGACACCAGCACGGGCUGCCCUUUCAACGACCCUAAGGACUCCGAGUCCGAUGGUCAUACCAUCUGCGAGAGCUCCGAGCUCGACAGGAUCAAAUUCAUCGCCGCCUACCCUAUCGAGAAGAGAGCGGCAUCCGUUUCGAAACUACAGAAGCUUUCUAACAGCUGCAUCAUCGAUUCUGGCUCACAAACCUACCUGAUCAACGAUCGCACCAAGGCCGACUUCAAGGCCGUCUAG